AUGGAUGAUGCAGAGCGUGCUGCGGAAGCGCUGGCUCGCAUCAGGGAUGGUAAGCCUCCUCUGGAAGAGGAGCUGCCCACGGCCGAGACAUGGCGGUCGGUGCGGUCUGACAAGAUCUCGUGGACAUAUGACAUGGUCGUCCUGGUGGCGGCCCUCACGUACGAGCAGCUGCCACAGGAGCUUUUGACAAUGCUGCAAAACCCGGGAUGGACCGGCGCACGACGGCUCAUCAGUUUGAAGAGCGAACUCGCGAGACCCACCGUUGCAGAGAUCAGCCUGCACUACAGGUGGAUCAAGCCGUGGGCCACAGUCAUACCCACGAAAGUACCCUCCGGGUACUUUAUAACGGACGUUUUGCUCUACUUGAACAAGUUAUUGGGCGGACGACUGCUGCGAGUCGCCAAUGCCGAGUCCGUUCGAGGCAAGGCGGCCGAGGAGGCUUGCCGACUACGCAAGCUCAUUUCGAGCUUGCGCUAUCUGUUCAGAGGCAGCGACUUGGUUGCGAAUCGACUCCUGUGUCGCAGCAGAUACGAGAGAGUUGACGACUUGAAGAAGAACCUCAAGCCCAAGGUGUGCCCGUUAGGUUGCAGGUUGCAUGAAGGUUUGCCUGUGUUUGUCCAUCAGGACAAGAAGAUGGAAAAGAAGAAGGAAAAGCCAGCCGGCAUUGCCGACGGAGAGCCGGCCUGCAUUGCCGACGGGGCUGAGCCCUCACUGUCGCAAGCAUCGACACGGGUGUUGGGAGACCAUCUGAAGGAAGAAGAUGAUGAUGAGGACUUCGAUGGCACCAGCUCCCUGGAGCCCCUGACCGACGAGAGCUCCGAGGACGAUAGGGAAUCACGUUUGCAAGAUGGCGAUCCAGAAGACCCCCUGGACCUGAAGCUGGAAGAACUCCAGGCCCACGUUCACCCGCACUGGGUUUACGAUCAGAUAAGUGCUCAUCGAGAUGCCGAAUACAGAGCUGAUUUAUUGGCCCAAGCCGAGAUGGAGAUGCUGGCUUCGCAAGAGAGCGGAGCAGAUCCACCCGCUCCGUGGUUGCGAUCAAGUUUGCAUGAGCUAGAUGUUCGCGAGGCGGUCACAGAGAGCUACCUCGGUUCGGGGGACGUGCCUACGCCGCCGAGCUCGCCGGGCGAGAGCAUGGAUGCUGCGGCUGAGGAUGACGGGGGACCGUGGUUGUGUCGGCCCCGACCAAAAGUGGAUCUAGAUGAACCUAUCUUCGGGACAUGGCCCAUGGUCAUCGAUGAGAUCAAGAGCGAGCCGAAGACAUCAUCGGACAAGGACGAGGCAACCGACCUCGAAAAGGCCGAGCAGAUCCUAGACUCAAUCAGCCCCAGCUCCGAGUUUUGCAAGGAUCAGCAGAGCGACACCGACAAUGGGCCCAAGAAGAGGAAGCAGGGCCACAGGAACAAGAAGAAGGUGCAGGCUGCGAUGGAGUCGUCCUCAGAGGAUCAGCAAAGCGAGACCGACAAUGGGCCCAAGAAGAAGAAGGGACAGCACGGCCAGGAUGCCAAGGGCUCGAGCGCAGAUGAGGAUGAGAAGAGCGACACCGACGAGCAAGGUCCGGGACCGGGAACGUCCCCACAGGAUCAGCAGGAUGCGAUGGAGUCGUCCGCAGAGGAUCAGUGCAGCGAGACCGGGCCCCAGAAGAAGAAGGACGAUCAGGAUGCAGCGUCGGACGAGGAUCUGCCAAGCGACUUGGACAGCCCGGCCAAGCUUCCUGUGGGAGCCCUGACCCAGCUGGACCGCGAUGAUGACAUCGAGGAUGCCGAAGCUGCUCCGUUUUGGAGCUCUGAGGAGGACGACGUGGGUGACUCCGGGAGUCCCAGUGGCUGUGCGGCCACUGCCAAAGAGGAUGAUGACGGUGAGUCCUCGCCCUUGGGCGACGCCGAUGACAGCCAGGAGCUCCAGCCUGUUGGUGCUCAGAGUGCAAAGGAUAUGUUGAAGGCCAGGGCGGCCAAGGCAAAAGCGGCCAUGAAGGAGGCCAUGAGGAAGGCCAUGAAGAAGGCCUUCUUGAAGAAGGCCUCGUUCCGCCGUGGCAAGAAGGGGAAGCGCAAGGUGAAGCCCGCGAAGUUUCACGAGUACGACCUCGUGGAGUUGCAGGUGCCUCGCGCGGCGUGGCCGCAGGGCCCAACGAAGGGCGUGCACAGUUACACUGUGCGGAACGGCGUCGUGGCGAUCGAGGUGCUGUGCAGGAACCGGGCGUUCUACUGUAAGAAGGUUCACCCGGACUUGGCGGAUGAUCCGAACCACCGCGUAGGGUAUGAGUUUGAGCUGCAGUUCGCAUGGCGUGAGGGUGAGUUUGAGCUGCAGCUGCGCGGCCCAGAGGACAUUCCGAUGUGGAUGUAUGACUUUGCGGAAGAUGGUUCCAAGAAUUCCAAGCUGCGGGUGCAGCGGCCCUUGAAGAACCGUCGACUUCAGCAGCAGAUGUUCGUGCUGCAUGGCUUGGCACAGAUCGGUGUCAUCUUUAGACUUGUGGCAUUGGUCACGCAGAUCGAGAGCCUGCCCUGGGAUAAGCCGUUGUACCACUUCGAAACGUUUGCUGGGCGCAAAGCUGCUGGGAGAUAUGCGGUCCCGCACGAUAUCAGCUACAACCAGAACACUAUGGAUAUCCUCAGCUCUUUGGGGUUCUGCAGUGCAGUGUUUGAGUUCGGUGCUGCGCUGGCAUCCUUGCGGACGAGGUAUGACAAAGAGAUCAAGCAGCAUGCUUGGGCAGAUCUUAAGGUUGCUUUGAGGAAGCAGCAGUCUCGAGAUGCUGAGGAGUCCGAGGCGAAAAAACCUCGGGUUGCGGGUAAGAAGAGGGUUGCGGAGCCAUCCGCAAAAGAAGUGGCUCAGAAGGAAAAGCUGCUGAAGAUGGCAGAGUUCCUACAGAGGCAGAAGGAAAGCAAAGACAAGAAGGAGGAAAGCAAAGACCAGAAGGAAGGCCAAGACCAGAAGAAGGAAAGCAAAGACAAGAAGGAAGGCAAAGACAAGAAGGAAAGCAAAGAGCAGAAGAAGGAAAGCAAAGACCAGAAGGAAGGCAAAGACCAGAAGGAGAGCAAAGACCAGAAGAAGGAAAGCAAAGACCAGAAGAAGGAAGGCAAAGACCAGAAGAAGGAAGGCAAAGACGAGAAGAAGGAAAGCAAAGUCCAGAAGAAGGAAGGCAAAGAGAAGAAGGAAAGUAAAGACCAGAAGGAGAGCAAAGACCAGAAGAAGGAAAGCAAAGACCAGAAGGAGGCCAAAGACCAGAAGGAGAGCAACGACCAGAAGAAGGAGAGCAAAGACCAGAAGGAGAGCAAAGACCAGAAGAGGGAAGGCAAAGACCAGAAGAAGGAAGGCAAAGACCAGAAGAAGGAAGGCAAAGAACAGAAGAAGGAAGGCAAAGACCAGAAGAAGGAAGGCAAAGACCAGAAGAAGGAAGGCAAAGACGAGGACGAAGAGGAUCCAGAAGAUGAGAAUGCCUGGGAUGACGUCGCCAUGUACGAGGCAAGGCUGGCAGCUCAGGAGCUUGUUGCAAAUUCCCCGGAGUGCUCAGACAUGUCGGAGCCAGAGUCCGUUGCUGAAAGCGGUGAUGGGGGCGAUUCAGAGAAUGGCGAGACAGGGGAUGAGGCCCCAUCGGAGGCCCCAAGGACCCCUGGGGCCGGUGCUUUGGACAGCGACGAGGAGCUGCCCCUGUCGCAAGAGUGCCGUCUGGACGAGGAAGAGAUGCAAUCGUCUUCCUCGGAUUCCGAAGAAUCCGACAAGGAUUCGGACGGCCAGUCGGUGGACCCAGGAGAGGACGACCAGGCUUCCUUGAGCAAUGCGGUUCAGGAGCAGGAGAAGGAAUGGGCCGUCUUCGACCGUGCCAUCAAAAACCGCCAGAAGUUCCCCGUCGCUCUCAGCAUGUUUGUGCCUGUGCCCUUUUGCUUCUUGCCUUGGUGUUGUCUGGUGAAGUUGACUAUGGAACGAACUCACAAAAAGAAGAACCUCAAUCGGCAAGAUGUGGUUGCUAUCCAGGGCAAAGAGCUGAAGAAGAAGUACGACACGGAGGAAAUGUAUAAGCAAGUCAUUGCAGCAAGAAAAGCCGAAGGACGAUGGUACAAAGACAAAGACUUCCCUGAAAACGAGGAUGAAGCUUGGUACUACAUGCCGCAGGGCCACAUGCUGCGGCGUGACAAUGAAACAAGCGAAGCCCAAAGGCUGUCUGUGGAUCAAAGCAUGGAUGAAGAUUUGGCAAAGGUUUUGGAAGAGAAUAACGUGCUUCAGGCAGGCAGCCUGCCUGCUGUGCAUGCAGCCACCGAGGCUGGUGAGAAGACCCUGCUUGCCCUCUUCGAGGAGCCAGGUUCGCUUCAGAAGCGAGCCCCAGCAAAGCAGAAGAAGGAUUCAGAGGUAGAGGCCGAGGAGAUGAAACCCAAGACCCUGAAAGAGCAAGUGAUUGAACGGAGGGCGGAGAUCCUCCGAGAUUCCACAGAGGCUCGCAAGACCUCCAUCACCCUGACCAACCUGAACUAUGGUGGUGACCUCUCGGAGCAGCUUCUCAAGUUCUCGAAGAAAAUGGAGCUUGCCUACAAGCGGCUCGGGGAGCUGCAAAAGCAAGAGGAUGCUGAUGCAAGGAUCAAGAAGGUCCUCAGAUGGGUUGAUAAGAAGAACCCGUGGUUCAAGCAAGCCCAGGCAGCAGCAAACGGCCUACAGAAUGGCUUGAAAUCCAAGAAGAAGGUGUGGAUGCUGGUGAUGACAGAUCCAAGCCGAGGCUUGGCCGUUUCAAUCCACAUGCCUUCAUCCUUUCGCCGGAGAGAAGAUUAUUCCUCUCUGCCACGUUCUCACGCAGCAGAAGAGCUCUUGGAAAUGAUUGGAAGUGGGAAGACCAAUGUGGCUCAUGCGCAAAGUUUGGCAGCAGCAAUGGUUCGCGAUGGAAUACCUCAAGAGGCCAUUGCUGCUUUUGCAAGUUUGGGCUCCUUCGGAGCGCAUGCUUCGAAUGCUGAGCGAGACCUGCACACGUGGCUACGAGGCAUUUAUGGAGUGACUUUGGAACCAUACUUCAUAAGCUUGAUGCUUGAAAGAGACGACAUUGUUCAGGAGAACGACAAACCUUUAAAGGCGACGGUAUCCACACGGAUACCCGUGCUCCUGCCCCACGAGGUCUUUUCUGAGCUUCAUUCUUCAAGCGACUAUCAGUUUGGUUUGAGCAUGCUGGGGCAACAGACAGCGGCUGCCAUCAAAGAGUUUUGGAAGCAUUUGAAGCGGUUCUCGCCGGCAGAAGUGAAGGAUCAUCCGGCGCUGGAGGGCUCCGACCAUGCCAAAAUGGUACCGUUGCUAGUUCACUUUGACGGUGCAGAGAUGUACAACAAUGCUGAGUACAAUAUUUGGUCGUUUUCGAGUGCUAUGUCAUCUUUGCUGGAUGUGGAUUGCCUGGAAACACAAUUUGCAUGUUGCAUCAUUCCUCACAGAGCAAUGGAAGAGAAGCAGGUGAAGGAACAUGUUCAUAAGGAAGUCGCGAGGCUCAUGAGCUGGUCUUUCGAAAUCCUUCAAGGCGGAAAGUUUCCUACGACUGGCUUCUACGGGGAAGAGUUUCCUCCUACGUCUUCCCGUGCGAGAACAAGUGGCAAGGCGUUGGCCGGUGAAUGGAAGAUUCUUGGGUU